AUGACAGAUAAUUCCUCUGCUGAAGAAGCAACCUUGAACAAUGUCUGGCCUAAGGGACUCCAACUUCUUUGUCAUUUCCACACACUUCAAGCUGAAUGGCGAUGGUUGACAUCCGCGAAGAAUAAUGUGGACAAGUAUGAAAAGCAGAAGCUAAUUGCAGCAUUCCAAAGGGUCCUCUAUGCCCACUCCGAAGAAGAGCUUGAUGCAGCAACAGCCAGCCUUCAGAGCCAGUCCCACCCAGGGUACACUGCGAGGGUCGAAGCAAUGCUUGAAAGGAAAGAGGAGUGGAUGUUGCUCUUCAGGAACACGAUUACAAUCCGCGGACACAACACCAAUAACUUUGCCGAGGCCUCGAUACGGAUUUUAAAAGACAUCAUCCUUAAUCGCACUAAAGCCUUCAAUGCUGUUGCCCUAGCUGAUUUUGUUGUAACAGUAUGGGAAAAGUACUUUGAAGGAAUAAUAUUAAAGCAUGCGUAUAGCCGUGUUGCAGCACAUCAACUCCAGUACCACCACCAUGUCUGCAGAAAGCCGGACAGUGCAGCAGACAAUAUUGUACUUCUAGAUGAUGAUCUGUACAAUGUCCCAAGCAGAAAGCAGGAUGGAACAUCUGAUGAGGUCUGGGCAAAGACAGGGGUUUGCAGUUGCCCAAGUGGACCGCAAGGUGCCUUCUGCAAACACCAGGCAGUUGUCCACAUGAGAUAUGGUGGUCUUUUCCCAAAUGCUCCUGUAAUAACUUCUGAAGAUAGCUACGAAUUAGGAAGGUUAGCCCUUGGAGAGAAGUGUCCACCAUAUGAAUUUUUCUGCAGCUUCCAGGACAGUGUGAACCAUUUUAACCUGAAUGCCCCAUAG